AUGGUGUGGUGUGACCGUGGCGUCCAGAUGCUGCUGACCACGGUAGGCGCCUUCGCCGCCUUCAGCCUCAUGGCCAUCGCCAUCGGCACCGACUACUGGCUCUACUCCAGCGCCCACAUCUGCAACGGCACCAACAUCACGGCGGACGAGGCGCAGGGGCCGCCGCGGCGGGCGCGGGGCGAUCUCACGCACUCGGGGCUCUGGAGGAUCUGCUGCCUCGAAGGAAUCUACAAAGGACAUUGCUUCCGAAUCAACCACUUCCCUGAAGACAAUGACUAUGACCAUGACAGCUCAGAAUACCUUCUCCGCAUUGUCCGUGCCUCCAGUGUGUUCCCCAUCCUAAGCACAAUAUUGCUGUUGCUGGGAGGACUCUGUGUCGGAGCAGGACGGAUUUACAACAGCAAAAACAACAUUAUUCUCAGCGCUGGGAUUCUCUUUGUUGCAGCAGGACUAAGUAAUAUCAUAGGGAUCAUUGUCUACAUAUCAAGCAAUGCGGGUGACCCAAGUGACAAGCGAGAUGAGGACAAAAAGAACCAUUACAACUAUGGCUGGUCUUUUUAUUUUGGAGCCUUGUCUUUUAUUGUGGCCGAAACCAUAGGUGUUCUGGCUGUGAACAUUUAUAUUGAGAAGAACAAAGAGCUGAGGUUUAAGACCAAGAGGGAAUUCCUUAAGACUUCUUCCAGUUCUCCUUAUGCCAGGAUGCCAAGUUAUAGGUACAGGAGGCGGAGGUCCAGAUCCAGUUCUCGAUCUACAGAGCCUUCUCCAUCUAGAGACAUUUCUCCGGUUGGCAUGAAGAUAGCAAGCACCAUUCCCAUGAAUGAAAUUUCCAUGUACACUCUUUCCAGAGAGCCUUUGAAGGUUACAACGGCUGCCAGCUACAACGCAGACCAAGAAGCCAGUUUCCUGCAGGUUCACAACUUCCUUCAGAAGGAAUUUAAGGAAGGACUCCAUGUCAACAUGGUCAACAGGAGAACAACGCCUGUCUGA